AGCGGCGUCGAUUUGGAUUCUUUUGAAGAUUUUCUUUUGGAUAAGCAGCGCGAACUUUGCGAAGCGCUCGCGGCGGUCGAGGGCGACGGGAUCGGGUUUUGCGAGGACUACUGGGAGCGAGGCACGAAAGCCGACGGGUACGGGCUCACGCGCGUGCUCGAGGGCGGACGAGUGUUCGAGAAGGCGGCGGCGAACGUGUCCAUCAUUCGCGGGACGCUCACGGCGGAACGCGCGAAGGCGAUGUCGAGCCGAGGACGGCAAGAGAUCGAUCCGAGCGGCGGACAAGCGUACGAAGCGUGCGCGCUGUCGUUAGUGUUUCAUCCGCGGUCGCCCAUGGUGCCGACGUUUCGCGCGGACGUGCGCAGGUUUCGAGUCGGCGGUAAGGCGUGGUACGGCGGCGGCGCGGAUUUGACGCCAUAUUAUUUGUUCGAGGACGACGCGAGCGAGUUUCACGACAAGUACGAGGCGGUGUGCGAUGCGUACGACAGCGCGCCGAGCGAACACGGGGUGUACGAGGCGUGCAAGGAGUGGUGCGAUGAAUACUUUUACAUUCCCGCGCGAAGGGAACAUCGCGGCGUCGGCGGCGUCUUCUUCGACGACUUGGAAACCGGCGAGACAUCGGAUCAGGGCGCGCGCGUGCGCGGCGUCACCGACGCCGAGGCGUUCACGCGCGCGAUCGCGGACGAAUGGUUGAAUUCCUACCUCCCCAUCGUCCAUCGUCGACGAGACGAACCGUACGGCGAGGCGCAGGAGCGAUGGCACCACCAGCGUCGCGGACGUUACAUCGAGUUCAAUCUCUUGUACGAUCGCGGCGUGCGCUUCGGCCUGGACGGCGGACGCAUCGAAGCCAUCAUGGUGAGCGCACCACCGCGCGUGCGGUGGGAUUACGACGUCAAGCCCGAACCGGGUUCGCCCGAGAGUAGACUCGUCGACGCCUUGCGUUCGCCUCGCGCGUGG